AUGCGGCUGACUAAGGGCCGCACUAGCGUCUUUGCGUCGAGGCUAGCUGACUUCAACUUCUUGCCUGACGCCUGCAACCGCCGAAAACGACUCCAUCCACGCGCGUUGCCGUGGUAUCCCGCUCCUAUACAGCUGGUCAGUCCCUCUCGUGCUGUCUGUGCGUCACGUGCGCUAGGCUCCGAGUCCCUGCGACACCUCGGCGACCAGCAACCGUCCUGUUCUCCGCGCGCAGAAGCUGCAACAGCACCAGCUAACCCUACCCUAAGCUUCGGUCGUCGCACUACACCUUGCACCCCCCCCCCUCUUCAACCCUCACAAGCGGUGGAAAAGAUGGUCGACGCAAAGAUCCAGUGCGUACCUCCCCCCUCCCCGCUGACACCACAUGCGCUAACACGUCACAGAGAGCUUCUCUCCAAGCCGCGCUCAGAGUUGACGUAUGUAUGCCCUGCACCUCAGAGACGCGUACAAGGAGACACUGACAGCCCUGCAGUGAGUACGAAGUGUCCCAGGUCGAAGAGCACGAGCUCACCACCGGUCCUCUCUCCAUCCUCCAGACCGCCGUCCGCUCGCGCACACAAGUCCUCAUCUCCUGCCGAAACAACCGAAAGAUCCUUGCCCGUGUCAAGGCCUUCGACCGCCACUGCAACAUGGUCCUCGAAAACGCAAAGGAAAUGUGGACGGAGACCCCGCGGUUAGCGAACGGCGCCCAGGGAAGGAAGGUCAACAAGGACCGUUUCAUCUCGAAGCUGUAUGUCACGCCCCGCUCCCUUGUCCCGCUGAUGGCUGACGACUCCAGUUUCCUCCGCGGCGAUUCGGUCAUUCUUGUUCUGUUGUCUUAA